GCAAAACCUGGCGGGCCGCACCUAGAACACAGCGCGGCGCGGACCGAGUCCUCCGGCCGCUACCGGAGCGGGACCAUGCCGCCGCCGCUGGAGACCCUCCUCGGCGCCACCGACCUCUGGCGCCCCACGGCCCGCGGCGGCGGCUGGGCCACCGCCGCCGCGCUCCUCCUGCUCCUCGCCUCCCACCUCGCCGUCCUCCUCGUCCGCCGCCGCCGCCGCCGCGGCCGCCUGAUCCAGCCGGAAGCCGCGGCAGCCACGCCUGCCUCGUCCCCCGCCGCCGCCUCCCCCUCUUCCGGCUCCAGCACAGGGAUGGAGGGCCUCGUGACGGAGGACGAUCUCAGGCAGCUGGUCACCAGCUUGGGGGUGGGCGCCCGUGCGCCGGAGCUGGAGGGCUGGGAGCCUGUGAUCGCCAUGGGGAAUGACGCGGUCUCGUACAAGGCGUGGUGCGACAAGACCAAGGACGGCCCACCUAAGUAUCUCAGUGUGACAACUUAUGAGGGGUGUUCAACAGAGCUUCUGAGGGACUUCUACAUGGAUAACGAGUAUAGAAUGGAGUGGGAUAGCACCGUGACAAAGCACGAGCAGCUGCAGUAUGAUGAAAAUAGCGGAAUUGAGAUAGGGCGAACACUCAAGAAGUUCCCUAUUUUAACACCAAGAGAGUACAUCUUGGCAUGGAGAGUUUGGGAAACAAAUGACAAUUCUUUCUACUGUUUGGUCAAGGAAUGUGAGCACUCUCUUGCGCCAGUACAAAGAAAAUUUGUUCGAGUACGACUUCUGAGAUCAGGAUGGUGUAUUAGGAAAGUCCCUGGAAGAGAUGCAUGCCAAAUCACAGUGCUGCAUCAUGAGGACAAUGGCAUGAACAUCGAGAUGGCAAAGCUCGCCUUUUCCAAGGGAAUCUGGAAAUACAUUUGCAAAAUGAAUAAUGCUUUACGCCGGUAUCCUCAGCACCGUGGUGCGUCAAUAUCAAUCUUGACCAUGAGAAGACUUAUCAAGAAGUUUCCCCAGGCCUUACAGACCAACGUGGAUGAAAGUCAUCGGUUUCCAGUCAAUACAGCUGCUGCAGCUGUAGUUACUUCUACAAAUUCGCCCGGAACUUCACCCUGCAAGCAGCUAGGAAAGAAGCCAACACGGGAAACGAUCGCAAGUGGACUUUUGCUUAUUGGAAGCAUCGUUUGUCUGUCUAAAGGCCGGUCAAACCUUGGCGCUCAGCUUGCGAUGGCAUUCUUCCUGAAGAAGACCUUUAAGAAAGACAAAGAAUCAGGCUCGCCCAGGGGAAGAACUGAUGCGGCGGUGCCCACGCACUUGUAGUAGGUCUGGCUUAAGCUGUUGAGAUUGCCUAUUAUCGUUAUUUUAAGCAAACCAAUACUCCUUACUUGAAAAGGCACGAUUGUACAAUGUUCUCGUAGCAAAUUAUGUAAAUAAUAAGUUUUGAAAUAAUAACCUCACUUGCCAAUUUA